AUGUUUCUCGGCGCAAUCUGGCGCCUUUUUCUACUGUUUCAAAUAUGUCGAGCGUGCCAAAAUGGUUGUGAAUGUAAUUCAAAAACUAUGUCGGCUAUUUGCAGAGGUAAGGCAUUUUCUCACAUUAAAUGUGACAAGGGAAAAAACGGGGGGAGAGGAAGUGUAUAUUUACAAUGAGUUGUUACAAAACAACACGAGAGCUUGUUUUUUACGAUACCGCCCGCUUCUUUGUGAGAUUAAGAUUUAUGGGUUGUUGAGAUCUUUUUGUGGGACCUCUUGAAUUUUAAAAAGAAUCUGCUAUGUAUAAUGUUGCUUGGAAUAUUCACUUUUUUGUUUGAAUUCCCAUCCCAAACUUUUUUCGAAAAGCGGAAAAAGGAAUAAAACAGUCACCCAAUUUUUCGUGAGAACAUUCGUUUUUUUCAAACCACAAAAAACUAAUUUUGUGGUAAUCCACAACUAAUCCCUCUUCAAAAUUAGCAUACUGACUUUGUCGAGAGCAAAAAAAAACGAAAAAUCCUGUGAGAAACUUAUGUUUUUAGGAGCAUCUCAUCGAUCAAUUCCAAUUCUUCUUGAUCCAAGAACCACAAUUUUGGAUUUAUCAGACAAUCGAAUAUCUCGUUUAUCAACCGAUGAAUUGAGUCUUUAUCCAAGUAAGUUUUCUUUUCUUUAAUUUUCUCAAGGGAAUAAUUCAUAAUUCACUUGUUGUUGUUGUUGUGCUCAAUCUAUUAAUAAUAAUAAAACAAUAAAAAGACGAUCAAAGAGAAUCCGACUUAUUAGAACAAAAUAAAAUGAAUUUAUCUUGUUAAAAUAUCGGUUCGUCCCAUGAGGACAUUUUGCACCGCGUACUUGAGCAUGGGAAUUGAAUUAGUUUCGAACAUUCAUUUCAAUUCUUCUUUUUCUCUUCAAAAUUCCAUUAUCCACUUGGAAUUGAGAAUUUGUAUAUGUGUGCACUUGAAUAGAUAAACAGGGUUGGUUCGAAUUGGUUUGUGUAUUCAUGUAAAUAUGAAUAUUCGUUUAGAAAAAAGUAGUUGUUCGAGCAACUGAAUGAAUUAUUAGAUUUUAUCUAACACGUGUCAAGAUUGUGUUAGGUAGAUAACGACUAAUUGGAAAAUUGACAUAUAAAUAAUAAAUAAUAUGAAAAUACAUGAAUUCACGUGUGGGGGUAUAGCUCAGGGGUAGAGCGCUCGCUUUGCAUGCGAGAAGUCUGGGGUUCGAUUCCCCAUACCUCCAGAUAACAUUUUAAAUUUUUUAAAGAUUCUUCUAAUUGAAUAAGCAUAAUGUGACCACAGGAAAUAAAUUAGAAAUGUAUGAGAUGUCGUCAAUCUAUUCUCUUUUUUCUCCAUAUGUCGAUUUUAAGUGGUUAAAAGAGUAACUACAAUAAACAAAAAAGUUGUGUCAAUCCUCGCAUUCAUCUUUUUAUUCUGUUUCAUUAUUAUUCUAAUUUGUAUUGUCAUUUUCUUAAUCAACACUUGACUACGGAUUUUGUGUGGUCAAGGGCGUUCGAAUAAAAAUUACGGAUUUAGGAAAUAAAAAAGGUGUUACUUAUGAGCGGAAUAAAGAGAAAAAACGCCGCUGUUGCGCAACGUUUUAAUACUCUUUGCACCUGUUAGAAAAUUGUAACUCUUUUGUUUUCUGACCUUUUUGCGGUUAAUGGAUGGUUAGAUAAUUCGCAAUGUUUCUAUAAGUACUUGAUUUUAUUUUAUUAUUUUUGAACAGAAAUAUAUUAGUGGUCAGAAAAGACACACUUUCUAUAGAUCACAGUUCAAAUUUCGAAUUGCGCAAUCUCGAGCAUCCGAAUACAUAAAAAAUAAUAAUUAUACCGUCCGUAAUCCUGACUGUAAUUUAUGGCUUAGCCCUCUUCCAUAAAAUGGAAUGAAAAAACACCUGCGUUCAUGAUUUAAUACAAUAAUUAUACACCUAGCUAGGUUUUUUUUGAAAAAAAAGUAUCGUAUUGCAGAUUUGGAACAAUUGAUUUUGCGCAACAACUCGAUUGCACAUCUCUCACCGGAUGUUUUCAGCUCAUUGAACUCAUUACGUCUAUUGGAUAUUUCAUCAAACAAUCUUCUUUCAUUACCGAAUAAUGUUUUCGAGAAAUUAAAAAACUUGAAGGUUUGUUUGAAAAAAAAACAAAAAUUACUCUGAUCUCGGGCGGGCUCGAACCGCCGGCCUUCUGUGUGAAUAAUGAAAGAUCAGAAAACCUUUCAAAACACUGCACAUUUAUAGAUUACCUAUUUAACAUAAAUACUGACACACAUGUUAAUAAGAAGGUGAUAGAUAUUCUGACAUCUGCCUUUUUAUUUUCUAUUGCAGAUGUUCAUUGUUUCUUUCUUUCUUUCUCACACAUUUUGAUUGACAAGUCGAAAAAAUGCAAAAAAGGAAAGAAUCGAAUCAAUGGGAUAAUUCUAGGGUUCGGAAAGGAAGAAUAACAACCAAAAUCUUAUUUAGUUAGGCUAAUUUAAUCCAAUUUGUAACGCACUAGCUAGCUAAUUAUUAAUUAUCUAUGCUUGUUUGUUAUUAUUAUUACUAUUCAGGCGAGAAAUGGGUGGAUGAAAAACAAUUUUCAAAAAAACAACAAAUAAACAAUUUUCAAUUUUUCAGACACUGAUUAUGACUUCAAAUGAUGUUCAAUUAAAUCCCGAAUGUUUUUCUGGUUUGGAAAAUCUUGAAACACUUGUAAUUGCUGACAACCGUUUGAGUUUUCUUCCACCAUCUGUUUUGCGGCCAUUGAAAAAUCUUCGAAAUCUCGAUCUUUCGGCAAACAAACUUCUAAUAAUGCCUGCUUCAAUUCUUUCAAGUCUUCCCGGACUUCAUUCAUUGAAAUUACAUCAAAAUUUGAUUUCAAAUGUAAGUUCUCCAAAAAUAUUCUUAUUGCAAUAAAUAAAUCAAAUAUAUUUUUCAGCUAGACACUGGAAUGUUUUUGGCUCAAACACAUCUGAAAUCUUUAGAUCUCAGCGAGAAUUUAAUUGGAGAUAUUGAAGAAGGAGCAUUGUAUGGACUUGAGAAAUUAGAGAAACUUAAUUUGACUGCAAAUCAAUUAGUUAGAUUACCAGGAAACACGUGGAAUCUUCCAUCUUUGAAAAUUCUUGAUUUGUCUUCAAAUCUUUUUGUUUCACUUGAAACUGCUUCAUUUGAUGGACUUCCAAAAUUGGAAUAUUUGAAUAUUUCAAUGUCUCGAAAUCUCAAAUCAAUUCAGGUAAGAAAAAGGAUUUUUCUCUGAAAAACAGAAAAAAUAAAAUGUAAAUUUAAUUACAGAUGGCAUCAUUUGUUCAAUUAUCAUCACUCCAUUGGCUUUCAAUUUCUUUUUCUGCUCUAAAUUAUUUUCAUCCAUCAGCUUUCAAUCCAUCUCCUCCCUUAUCUUAUUUUGAUCUUUCAAACAAUGAUCUUCGAACUGUUUCAAAAGAUCUUGUUCAAUGGCAUUUGAUCAAAAAACUACUUUUGAAAAAUAAUCAAUGGAAUUGUGGAUGUGAUUUAAGAUCAGUUGAAUUGCGUUCGACAGAUGGUGCAAAAUGUGUUGGACCGGAAAAUCUAAUUGGUUUGUGUUUUAUUUGUCUUUUCGAUGUUUUUUCCAUUUAAAUAUUCAUUGUUUUUUUUGCAGGUGCUCCUCUUUCGGAUCUUUCUCAAUGCACACUUUUUGGUGGUCUUCUUAUUCCAUUCCUUCUUGCUCUUUUUAUCCUUCUUCUCGCUUUAAUUAUUUUGGCUCUCGCGUGCAAAAAACCAUCGAUAAAACCCAACAAGAAUCGAGCAUUUUAUAAUGAUCAAUUAAUUGCUGCUCUUUCAUCUCACAAAGAAUAUUCAUUUGAUUGUCAUUCUCCAUAUACAAUGUCAUCUGAAGAUUCACGUGAUUCUGCUUACGAAUCUCCAACUUCUGCUUUAAUGCCACGUCAUCCUCCACCAUCUCAUCCACCCCCACCACGUUUAACCCUUCCACGCCCAACUCAUGUUCCAAGUCCAUGUAUUCCAACAUUAGUUGCUCAUGAUCCAUAUUUAGUUCCAAAAGGACCACCAAUAACUCGAUUAUGA